AUGAAAGCAUUCUCAGAGGCCAUUGAGGAACUGGAACAGAUUGCCCAGAGAACUUGUAAUACCCCAUACCUGGAGAUGUUCAAAGCCCAGAUGGAUGAGACCCUGGGUAGCUUGAUUUGGAGAGUGCUUCACUCUGAUGUUGAUAAAGGAGAUGGUUCCAUCAAAUACAUCUUGUCAGGCGAAGGGGCAAGUUCCAUUUUCAUUAUUGAUGAGAACACAGGGGAUAUUCACGCUACAAAGAGGCUGGAUCGAGAAGAGCAGGCCUACUAUACACUCCGAGCACAAGCACUAGAUAGGCUGACUAAUAAACCCGUGGAACCAGAAUCUGAGUUCGUCAUUAAGAUUCAGGACAUCAAUGACAAUGAGCCAAAAUUUCUGGAUGGUCCUUACACUGCUGGAGUUCCUGAGAUGUCUCCUGUGGGUACCUCUGUUGUUCAAGUGACAGCCACUGAUGCUGAUGAUCCUACUUAUGGCAAUAGUGCCCGAGUGGUUUACAGCAUAUUGCAAGGACAACCUUACUUUUCUGUGGAACCAAAGACAGGCAUUAUCAAAACUGCUCUUCCAAAUAUGGAUAGAGAAGCCAAGGACCAAUACCUUCUAGUUAUUCAAGCAAAGGACAUGGUUGGGCAAAAUGGUGGAUUAUCAGGAACAACAUCAGUAACUGUCACUCUGACUGACGUUAAUGACAACCCACCCCGCUUCCCACGGCGAUCAUAUCAGUAUAAUGUCCCAGAGUCCUUACCUGUGGCAUCUGUAGUGGCCAGAAUAAAAGCUGCCGAUGCAGAUGUGGGACCCAAUGCUGAAAUGGAGUAUAAGAUUGUAGAUGGUGAUGGUUUGGGAGUAUUCAAAAUUUCUGUAGACAAAGACACCCAGGAGGGAAUCAUCACAAUUCAGAAGGAGUUGGAUUUUGAAGCUAAAACAAGCUAUACCCUGAGGAUAGAAGCAGCCAAUAUACAUGUUGAUCCUCGCUUCCUAAGUCUGGGACCCUUCAGCGACAUGACAACAGUGAAGAUAAUCGUAGAAGAUGUUGAUGAGCCACCUGUGUUUACUUCACGUUUAUACUCCAUGGUGGUGUCUGAAGCAGCGAAAAUCGGCACUAUCAUUGGAACUGUUGCUGCCCAUGAUCCAGAUGCCUCAAAUAGUCCAGUCAGGUAA